AUGGCCAAAUUCAUAAAAUCAGGUAGAGUAGCUAUCGUUGUCCGUGGACGUUAUGCUGGUAAAAAAGUAGUCAUUGUGAAACCACAUGACGAAGGAACCAAAUCACACCCAUUCCCACACGCUAUUGUUGCAGGUAUCGAAAGAGCACCAUUAAAAGUCACCAAGAAGAUGGAUGCUAAGAAGACUGCCAAGAGAACCAAGGUAAAGCCAUUUGUCAAAUUGGUCAACUACAAUCACUUGAUGCCAACUAGAUACUCAUUGGACGUUGAAUCAUUUAAAGCCGCCGUCUCAUCAGAAUCAUUGGAAGAGCCAUCACAAAGAGAAGAAGCUAAGAAAGUUGUCAAGAAAGCAUUUGAAGAGAAACACCAAGCAGCCCUAAGUAGUAAAGUCAUGUCUUUGGAGGAUCAAGCGGCUGGUUUGAAAAUUCGAGAGGAUCAGCAUGAACAAAAGAUAACUCCCUGGGAAGUUGAAGGUGCAGUAGUCGAUGGUAAAGCCCAAAGUAUAGAUUAUGACAAGUUGAUCAAACAGUUUGGAACAAAGGCGAUAUCACCCGAAACUUUGACAAGGUUUAAAGAGCUUACUGGCGAAGAGCCACAUCCGUUUUUGAGAAGGGGUGUUUUCUUUUCUGAGAGAGACUUGUAUAAGAUUCUAGAUCUAUACGAGCAUGGUGAACCCUUCUUUUUGUAUACCGGUAGGGGUCCUUCGUCAGACUCGAUGCAUUUAGGUCACAUGGUCCCUUUCAUAUUCACCAAGUGGUUACAAGAUGUAUUUGAUGUUCCUUUAGUCAUUGAGUUAACUGAUGACGAGAAAUUUUUAUUCAAGCAAAAGCUAACAAUUGAUGAUGUCAAACAAUUUGCUGUUGAUAAUGCCAGAGAUAUUAUCGCUGUUGGCUUCAACCCGGAAAAUACAUUUAUAUUCUCUGACCUCAAGUACAUGGGUGGUGCUUUUUACGAAAAUGUAGUUAGAACAUCUCGACAAAUCACAACUUCCACCGCCAAAGCUGUGUUUGGGUUCACCGAUAGUGAUUGCAUCGGUAAAAUUCAUUUUGCCAGUAUCCAAAUUGCCACUGCUUUUCCAUCAUCAUUUCCCGAUGUUCUUGGGUUACCUCCCAAAACACCGUGCCUUAUACCGUGUGCCAUUGAUCAGGACCCUUAUUUCCGCGUUUGUCGUGAUGUUGCAGAUAAAUUGAGGUUCUCCAAGCCUGCGUUAAUACAUGCGAAAUUCUUCCCUGCGUUACAAGGAGCGUCCACAAAAAUGUCAGCUUCAGAUACGACAAGCUCGAUAUUUAUGGGUGACACUCUGAAACAAAUUCAGAAGAAGAUCAACAAAUAUGCAUUUUCUGGUGGACAGGCAUUAAUGGAAGAUCAUAGGAAAUAUGGAGGUAACCCUGAGGUAGAUGUUGCUUUCCAGUAUCUUUCUUUUUUUGUUGAUGAUGAUGCUAAAUUAGCUAGAUUGGCUGAAGGUUAUAGAAAAGGUGAAAUUUUGUCAGGCGAAAUGAAAAAGGAAUGCAUUGAAGUCUUGCAAGAGUUUGUGGCAGACUAUCAAAGCAGAAGAGCAAAAGUGGAUGAUGCCGUUGUUGAUAAGUUCAUGACACCUCACAAGUUAGUCUACGGGCAAAAAGUGAGGAAAGUAGCGCCAAAAGAAAGGCAAAAGAAGUAA